AUGUUGUCGGCCGCCGACGGUCGAUGCAGGGCUACUCAGGCCGCCCAGGUCUGCGCAGCCUGCAAAACUCGUAAGAAGAAGAACCGCUUGAGUUGUCGAUACGGAACUGUCGUGGCUCCAAAUAAACAAGAACGUCGAGCUCCGGCGUUCAGUCAGCCCUUUUUCGUGUUACCCGGCCUAUCAUUGUCACAAUCAAGCUUGUUGGAGCCAGCAACAACCCUAUGUCUUCAAGUUCAUCGUGUUAUUCGAGAUUCAGGCUUGCAACUGGACGAAGCUACCACCCAGUACUUCCAGGGGCUCCAUCGCUAUCUGCCCUUCAUUUCGAGGGCUCACUUCGAGCAAGACGUCUCCAUAGUUGAAUCAACUCCCCCAGCUGGUCGCUCCGCGCUGAACCUGAGCUUAUGUCUCAUAAACGCGUCUUCAAGGCUGUCUCUGCACGGCAAAAGUGGCAGUAGCAGCCGAGUACCAGACCGACGACACCUUUAUCUCGUAACAAAGUCCCUCUUUGCGCAGAUUCAAGUCGUCUUUCCGCCGUCCAUUUCACUCUUACAGGCAUGUGUCUUAUUGGCAGUUUACGAAUACUCUGAAGGCGAGCCUGACCAGGCUUUCGUGUCUAUUACUGGCUGUAUUCGUAUGGCCCAUCGUCUGCGCAUUCAUCUCCAUAGUCGGACAUUUCCCCAGCCGGCUAAAGACCUCAACAUGUCACUGGGGACGAACCUACACCCUUACGCCCACGCCAAAGAAGCAUUCAAUACCUGGUGGGCUAUAGUCAUUUACGAAAGGUUGUCCUUCUCCGAAUUGACAGUUGCGGAGCAGCCCCUAUUGACCGUUGUCCCGGAUACCCAAGCCCAGCUACCGGUCGAGUCGCGAGCUUCGGAAGGGGUCGAUCAUGCCCCCAAACUAUCUUUAGAAUCUUCCUUAGAAGUAUCAGAUUCAGGGUCUUUGCUGAUCGGGCCCUUUGGAAGAAUUGCCCAAGCAAUAUGGAUUCUUGAUCAAGUUCUUUCGUCCUUCAAAACAUCAGAGUUGGACAUGAGAUUGACCGCAAUAGCUGGUCUGCAUACCAAGAUCCAAGAAUUACUCGCUCUUCUCCUACAGCAAGGUCAGAGUCAAGUUGUCGUUCUUUGCGAAGCAAUAGCCGUCACACUGAGAGUCUCCUUUACGUUCUACUUACAUAUUCUCGACUGGCCUGCCGUUACACCGGCGGUGGGACUGCACUCAAUAAGGGGGUGGCAGGAAUGUGCCAGAGUUACACUCAAUACCGCAACCAACAUCGUCCUCGAUAUCGUAGAUGUCCAUGAUGGCCCCCAUGGUAUCUCCCGAAUUUAUACCCCUCCAAGCUACCCCUACUUGGUUCGGGCUGCGCUUCGGUAUGUUGAACGCAGCAAACAACAAUCAGGGGAUGGCUUUCUGAAGAAUGCUAGUCAAAGACUUCGCGGCACCUUAGAUCGCCUCCAUGAAUAG